AUGUCGCACGCUUCCAAGAAUCGCUUGUCCCAGUACUCGACGGGCUCAGUCCCCUCGCGUUCGCGACCGCCUUCUCACAUAUUUCCAAUGUUUCCCUCGAGCCUUUCCUACACCCUGGUGCGCGAUUUCGCAUAUCCGAUUAUGCAUCCCAUGCACUAUGGUCCCCCGCCAGAGCCGUCGCAUCCUGCUUCUGGCCUUAACACUCCCCUCAGCGAGUCUCGUCGUCUUUCCGAUCCUCCCGCUGCCUGGGAAACGAAAAUGACCUGGAAUACUGGCUCCUGGGGGCCCGAGGGCUUCGGCAAGGCCCACGACCUGCCACCCAUGGAGUUCCGGGAUGGCCCACCCUGGAGUGAGGAUGAGGAUUUGGCGAGCCCUGUUGUCAGCUCCAGGCACCGAAAGCACAAAUCUUCCGCAGCAGCCCUUGGCGGAACCGCAGGAUUGAGAAAUUCUCGCGACGCGGGCAACGACAUGCUGCAUCCAGCACACUACGAGCAACGGGAACGUGGUUUCUACGUCGGAACUAGUGGUGAUGGCAGCGAACGAUACUACCUGAACCAAGGAGGGGAAGCGAAUGGACCCGGCGGAGAAUAUGUCACCUACCCUCCCGGCGAUGCACGACAUUCCAGUCACGCAUACCAGCUAGGUGACCUGGCCCCGCGGCAGUACGCCGAGCAGGAAACAUAUUCAGAUGCUUCAAGCUCCGCAUCCUCUCCAGGUUUCCGCGGUGACGACCAGUCACGAUACUCCCGGGACUACCAGUUCACCAUUACGUCGCCCGACGAAGAAAUGCACGGCAAAGCCGUUGCGCUUUUUGACUUUGAAAGAGAAAACGAGAACGAAUUGCCGUUGCUGGAAGGUCAAAUUAUAUGGGUUUCCUACCGCCACGGCCAAGGCUGGCUAGUGGCUGAAGACCCGAAAACUCAGGAGAGCGGACUCGUCCCUGAGGAAUACGUUCGUCUGCUGCGAGAUAUAGAGGGCGGAAUGAACAGUCUUACCGGUAAUCUUGGUGAGGGCUCUACGUCCCCAAAUGAUGUUGGAACACCGACGCAAGCAGAGCACCAUCCCCAAGGUCAUACGCCGACCGGUAGCCAAUCCUCUUCCAACGGGUACCACCAACCCGUGGUCUCGACAUUCUCCACGUCCAGCAAAGACUUGGACCCGUACCCAACACAGCAGCUUGGUCUCCAAUCCGGCCAACCCCCUCCGCAAGUUGUGCAUUACCACGGCCAAAGAGGUGGCAGCCAGGCCAACACACCAACUCUAGCUUCUCACCAGGAUAUCGGCAUGAUGCGCCGAGGCAGUCAGGACACUGGGGCGAAAAAGACGGAUUCCCAAGUGAGCCCCUUGACGGAGGCAAUCACAGAGAGCACGCUAGUCGACCGAUCUAGCACACCCAAAGCAACAAACCCUACCGAGAAGCCUGCAGACCCCGAUGCCAUGGACACUGAGCGGUGA